GUGACUUCCUUUCCGGUCUGAACUGACAACAUGGACGCCAGCCGCGUGCAGCCGAUCAAGCUUGCCAGAGUCACCAAGGUGCUCGGAAGAACUGGUUCCCAGGGACAGUGUACACAGGUCCGCGUUGAGUUCAUGGAUGACAGCAACCGCUCCAUCAUUAGGAACGUAAAGGGCCCCGUCAGAGAGGGAGAUGUGCUGACGCUGUUGGAGUCUGAGAGAGAAGCCAGGAGGCUGCGAUAGUGCCCGGUGAAGCUGAGAGGUGCCAAUCCAACGCUUGUGGAGCAAACAUGCCAUCUGUUCUCCUGCAAUGGUGUACAUCUCACUUGUGGAUAAAAUGUUAAAAUAAAUUUUGUUGAGUUCAAAGUA